GGGUUGAAAACUUGUCAAAGUCAAAACGUGUCAAAGCCCAGGAGUGGUGGAGGAGCUGGUGAUGAGAGGCAGCCUGCAGGAUGGACUUUAUAGGCUCUCCGGUGGAGGUGGGAGCGGCCGAACAGGGGCCUGCUGCUGAUGACCUGGGACACAGUGGGAAGGAGAACGUGUUGACCCGACCGCUGUAGAGGAAUGUGUCUAAGCUGUGGGGAGUGGUGGAUCAGCUCAGUGUGACCAGGAGAACAGACUGCCUCGUUAUUACACUUACUGCGCCUUAUUCGUGGAAGGCCACGUCGCUUCAGGUCUCAAUGGACAUGCUGCAGGACUCCAGUCGGACCAUGUGUGGUCUGAACGCCCGCCUGAAGGGCUUCCUGGAGCAGGUUAACAGGCUGCAGGAGGCCAACCAGAGGCUGGAGGCUCAGAUAGCCGAGUGGGGUGUCAGGAGCACCUCACACUCCCGGGACUGGUCCCAGCAGGAACAGACUGUCAAGGAUCUCCGUACUCAGGUUGGUAACCUGCUGAUGGAGAAUGCCCAGCUGGCACUACAGUCUGACAGCAUGAAGUCCAGAGCUGCUGCCAUCCAGGCCAGAUGUGAGACGGAGGAGGUGAACACCAGGCGUCUGGAGCAACAGGUUGCUCUGCUCAGGGAGUCAAAGAGGAAGGCGGAUCAGAACAGCAUCACACUGCAGGCAGACCUUCGGCACUCCAUGACAGAGCUGCAGGAGAUGCACCAGGAGUUUGAGGCAGCCCGGGCUCUGCAGCUGCAGCAGGCCGGCUCCUGUGAUGCUCUGUUAGCAACGGCCACAGCAGCAGCAGGAGGGGAGGAGGAGGAUGGCACAGGGAUGGAGCUCACCCAGCUCCUCGACCGAAUCAGAGCGCAGUGCGACCAGGGCAGACUUCCUGGCCUGGGCGAGAGACACCUCGGCCUGGGUGCCGCGUCAAAUCCACUCCCCGGCUUGGUCGGGCCCAGCCGCUCUGGAGCAGCAGCAGCAGCAGCAGCAGCAGCAUCCAGAACACACGGAAUUCUCAGUGAGGAAGAGGCAGCAUGGACACAGGUGAGCCUCGGCGGCGCUGCCCUGAGAGAGGCCCGGGCCGAGCUCGCUGAGGCCAGGAGGCAGUGGCACUCCCUGCAGGUGGAGAUCGAGACCCUGCAUGCCAUGGAGAAAGGCCUGGAGAGCUCCCUACAGAACACCCAGCGGCUGUACUCCACCCAGCUGCAGGACCUUUCCCAGGUGAUAGCUGGGCUGGAGAGCGAGCUGGAGCAGGUGAGGAGCGGGCUGGCCACCCAGCGUCAGCGCCACAGCCAGCUCCUCAACACCAAGAUGAGGCUGGAGCGAGAGAUCGGCACUUACCGACGUCUGCUGGAGCGUGAAGAGGGCAGGUACAUGGGCCGAAAUGGGCAGCCGAUGACUCUGCGGCCUUGGAGGUCUUCCAUGGAGGAGCCCAAGGAGAACGGACUGGAGAACGGCUUCAGUGACCCUGCUAUUACUCCGGAUGAACCCAAGUCUGAGCCCCUGCCUGAAAUACCUUCACUGCUCCCAGCAGACAGUGGGCUAAAGAAAAGCAUACUGCAUCGACAGCAAAGCCUUGUGAUACUCACAGAGCCAGAGCAAGAUAAGGACUUGCCAAUCUCCACUGUGAAGACUCAGGAGAUUCUUCAGGGCAAUGUGGUGCGGGAGAGUGCAGAGGGUCACGGCACCAUUGAGACAGAGAAAAUUGACAAAGUGAUAAAGCAGUGGGAGGGCUCCUUCUUCAGGGGGAAUCCCAAGCUGCGGAAGAAGUCUGUGUCGCUGCGCUUCGACCUGCACAUGGCUGCGGCAGACGAGGGGUGUGCCCAGACUAAACAGGACAGCCUCCCUGACGUGGAGGUGCGUCUCAUCAUGAAGAGAUCUCGCAGCAUCCCAACCAUCACACAGUAGCUCUCACCGGUCGGCCAGAGUCAGCGCUGCUUCACAGAUGUUUGUGGUAACACUGGUGAUGUUGAAGUUACAGAAAUAACAGCUGUGUCAUUGAGAACUGGGAUAUGACCAUCCAUUGCUGUCAUGCUUAAUAUGAAUUUUCAAAUCACAACCUUCAUUGAACUUUGCAUCACAGCUGAUGACUGAAACAGUUUUCUCUCAUCUAAUCUUGACUCUGGCAGGAUAAGCUUUACCCGACAGGCUUUUGUGCUGAUUUAAUGGGGCCAUUUUUAUAGUGUCAAAAACCCACAUGGCAUCUAUCAGACCUUCAUUCAUUGCCUUACAAAGGAUAUCAAUUUAAUAUGUAAACAUAUUUCUAGAUCAAAAAAAUGUCUCUCAAUACCAUCACUGUUUCAGUAUGAGGUCACUGGACAGAAGAGAUUAUAUCGACCGUAUGACUCUGCUUAACUACAGCAUUUAAUAACACUUGGUACAGGAGGCUGAGUGCACAGAUAGAUGGAGAUAAAUGGAGGCGUGGAGUCACAGAUAACCAUGAGCUGCUGUGAACUAUCUAAAGGUGGAUAUUUUUUUUUGUUUAAUUUCUUUAAGAGACUAUAUGAAAAUUAUUAGGGGGAGGAGGGUGCAGAAGAGGGGGAGGAUUAUGUAAGUACUGCAAUGCUAUCUCUUCAUUUAGCACUUGAUUUAUCACAAUAGAUUCUCCCAAAAUUCACUUUUUUCUGCAUCUCAUGAGAAAGCAGAACAAUAAAACAACAGGGCUAGAAUAUUCAGCGAAAAGAACACAUUAUUUUGUUUGUCAAAAGCACAAUUCUUUGUGCACUUAUUGAAGGAGAAAUGCAGCUUAUUCUCAUUCCCAGGGCAUCACAUAUCACCGCUUUGUCACACCCCUCAGCGUGUGAUAUCGACGCCAAAGGCACCUGUGGCGUCGAUAUUAGGCCACAGCUACCAGGCUUUCAGCAGAUUCAAAUGUAAACCCAUCCACAACAAUUCCUUUAGAGAGCGACUGACAUUGUAUGAAGAGCAAAAAAGCGUACUGUGGGAGAGAGGUGAGGUGGUCAGGUCAAACACAACUGGACUUUCAUCCAGGAGACCAGUCCGUGUCCUGUGUGAAACCAAAAGUCCGUGUUGUUUAACCUAACGUUUGGAAUUUAAGCCUGCUCAUUGCGCACUGACGUAACUCACAUGAUGUGUUUACAUGACGUUAUGGUACAUAUGUACUUAUUUUAACCCAAAACAUGAUUUUUUUUCUUUUAAAACCCAACCAAGACGAUUUGUUGCCUAAACCUAACCACAACCAUUUCACAACGUUAACCACGUGUUAUAAUGUGUUUAAGUUGUGCAACCUGUGCAGCUUAGACGCCAAAGGGGCGUGACAGUUUAUUGGUAUUUAACGACCUGGGAUGAGAAAGGGUUGUAAAAUGAGUUGUAAGAGUUAAAUUGGUCUUUGACAGAUGACAUAGAACUGAAUUGUUUCAUGAAACCAAAGUGCAUUGUGGGUCUGAUUGCAAUUUUUUGAGGUAUUCUGUUUUGUUUUGUUUUUUUUUAUUUACAUUUGCUUUUAUGUUAAAAUAUAUAGCACUAAAUAAUUUGACAUUGCUUAAAUAAUUAUAUUGUAACUUUAUCACAGUCUAAAAGCACUGGUUGUAGACCUGCAGCAAUUAAUUGAUCAGGUGUCAAGUAUUAAAUUAGUUGCCAACUAAUUUGAUAUUCUGUUAAACGGUUUGAGUAAUUUUACAAGAAAAUAAAUAUUAAUAUUUUAUAGUUUUGUAACUCCUCUAUGACAGUUAACUGAAUGUAUUUGGAUUGUGGGCAAGACAUUUUAGGACAUCGUCUGAGACAUUUUUCACCAUUUUCUGACAUUUUAUAAACCAAACACUUAAUCAAGAAAAUACUCAACAAAUUAAUUAGCAAUGAAAAUAAUAGUUAGUUACAGCCUUAUUUUUUCCUUUCUAACCAGUGGUGUUAGUGAUAAGCUUAUUCUGAUAAUAUAUUGUUUUAUCCAGUGUAAGUGAUUGCUCAUCGUAAACAUCUUCUAACAGACAAUUUAUUACUUCUUACAUCCUAUAAACAGACACUGACUCAUUCAGUGAGCACUUAAUAUAAUUCGGUAUUAAUUUUACCUCCAUGCUGAAUAGACAUGAUGUUUCCCAGGUAAUGCUCGCCAGCCAUAACAACACAGUAAUUUUUUUUAGGAUGUAGGGGCAUCUACUGGCAGAAAUAGAAUAUAAUGUCCUGUUGUAUGUUUUCAUCAGUUUAUCAUCACCUGAAAAAAAUAAUCAUGUUUUCUUUAACUUAGAAUGAGCCAUUUAUCUACAUAUAGAGCGGGUUGUCUUCCAAAGAGUUCACUAUGUUGUUCUAGAACAGACAAACCAAAUGCUAGCUCAAGAUAGGGCCAUUUGCAUGGAUACAUCGGACACAGUAGUUUUCCUACAUAACUGGCACACAGGGGAAGUUUCAGUUUUGCAACCUCACCACUAGAUGUCACUAAAUCCUACACACUGGACCUUAAAAUCAAAGUUCUACUGAGUGAAAUGUGAUGCCUAAUUUAGCAAAAGACCUCAGUGACAUUAGUUAUACAAAAUAGUGGUAGUAUAAAUAACUUUUGGCAAUCAUUUUUAUAUGAUAAGAAAUAAGUACAGUUGUAAAGAGGCCAUUGGUGGUGGUCAGUGAGCUUCAACAUACUUAUAGUGUCUGAACUGCUCACAGGUAUGCACAAUGAUACUGUAAACAAGAUUGUUUGUAUCAUCCAAGUACGAGGUUAAAGGCAGCAACGUGGGGUUAGCAACUUUUUGCUGUCAGGGCAUGUGGAUUGGUGUCGCUAAUAGGUAACAGUUUUGCCAAAUAACAGCUCCUGACAUCCACACUGAGUUUGUCUUGGUCUGGUAUUCUCUAAGUUUGCUUUCGCGUCAUCUGUCUGAUAAUUUAAUGGGCUGGAUAACUUAUUUGUUGUUUACUGUACCGCUCGCUGUAGCUAUACCUUCAAAGUGGCGCAUCAGGGACAUCACACACGAUACACACACGUGGCUGACAAAGACCGAUAGAGCUGUAGUACUAAGAUUUUGUGGAGAGGGGCGUUGCACUUCUUUUCUUAGUCGAGGGGCCCUAAUAAUUUCCCUACAGUCCCUAAACGCUUGCACUGCAGACACCUACAGCACUUAGAAGAACAUCAGCACUGAGAGAGAAAUCCAGAUUGUGUGUACUUUGUGGGUCUUUUGUCUUUGCAGUUCAUUCUCUAUGUUGAGAAAAAAAAAACUUGCAACACAAAGUGAUAAUGUAGCUACAUUUUAGGAUGCAUUAUCACAAAAAAAUAAGGUAAAAAAAAAAAGCUCACUGUGAUCUCAACGGCAGUGAGGCUCUUAACACUCACCAUGUGUCUCAGAGAAUUUAGAUUCCCUGUCUUAACCAGA